AAAAAAAAAAAAAAAAAAAAAAAAAAAAUGAUGCAGUACAAAUCAGCUCCGAGGACCAGCUCCGACACACUGUUGUGGCGUUUUGAAAGCUGUAAUAUUUUCAUUGCUCCAUGCAGUUAUAGAAGGGCUGUCCUCACGAAAAAUGUCAGGGUACAGAUACAGAGGGUACAGAGGUUAUGGAGGUUAUGGAGGUUACGGAAGUUAUGGAGGUUAUGGAGGUUAUGGAGGUUAUGGAGCUUAUGGAUAUGCUAUAGGACUGAAGCAAACAGACAUUGAUCAAAUCUGGGAUGAUUUUAAACAUGGCAUGGAACAAGUUUAUAGUCGCCAGCCAAUGCCAAAACCUCGCUAUAUGCAAUUAUACACUUAUGUUUACAACUACUGUACAAGUGUUCAGCAAAAAGUGAACCGCCCAAUAAACAAAUCAAAGAAGGGACCACAUGGUGGGGCUCAGUUGGUGGGUUUUGAACUGUAUAAAAGAGUGAAAGACUUUCUGAGGGAUUAUGUUAUAACACUGUUCCAGGAGGGGGCGGAUCUUAUGGAUGAAGAUAUCCUCCUGUUCUACACAAAGCAAUGGGAAGACUUCCGGUUCAGUUCCAAAGUUCUAAAUGGAAUCUGUGCAUACUUGAACAGACAUUGGGUCCGAAGAGAACGUGAUGAAGGGAAGAAGACUGUAUAUGAUGUGUAUCAGCUGGCGUUAGUUACAUGGCGAGAUAAUUUGUUUAAACAGUUGAACAAACAGGUGACAAAUGCUGUUUUGAAAUUAAUUGAAAGGGAACGUAAUGGAGAAACAAUAAACACAAGAUUAGUAAGUGGAGUUAUCAACUGUUAUGUUGAAUUGGGUUCAAAUGAAGAGGAUCCAGAAGGUAAAGGAAAGAACUUGAUUCUCUACAAAGAGGCAUUUGAAGAUGUAUUUCUGGCUGAUACAGAAAGAUACUAUACCCGAGAAAGCACAGAAUUUCUUCGGUACAGUUCAGUUCCUGAAUAUAUGAAGAGGGUUGAGCUGAGACUAUUUGAAGAACAAAGACGAGUGCACAUAUACCUUCAUCCAUCAACAUUGGAUAUUCUUUGUGACACAUGCGAGAGGGUAUUAAUUGAAAAACAAUUAGAAAUGUUUCAUGUAGAGUUCCAGAGGCUGCUGUAUUUUUAUAAAACCGAAGAUCUUGGAAGAAUGUACCAGUUGGUAUCUCACAUUUUAUUUGGCCUACAAGACUUACGGAGCCUGUUUGACAUCCAUGUUACAAACAUGGGCCUUGCUGCCAUAGAUCAAGUUGGUGAAGCUGCUCUGAAUGAUCCAAAAAUUUAUGUGGAGAUUAUACUGGAAGUGUAUAAGAAAUACAAUUAUUUGGUUUUGACAUCUUUUAAGAAUGAUGCGGGAUUUGCUGCUGCUCUUGACAAAGCUUGUGGAAAAUUUAUCAAUGGAAAUUCAGUGACAAAACUGGCAAAUAGUUCAUCCAAGUCACCAGAACUACUUGCAAAAUUUUGUGAUUUAGUGCUGAAAAAAAGCAGCAGAAUUCCUGAAGAAGCAGAACUCGAGGAUACACUCAAUCAAGUUAUGAUUGUCUUCAAGUACAUAGAAGACAAAGAUGUUUUUCAAAAAUUUUAUAGCAAAAUGCUGGCAAAACGUCUGGUGCACCAUAUGUCUGCAAGUGAUGAUGCGGAGGCAUCAAUGAUCUCUAAAUUAAAACAAACAUGUGGUUUUGAGUACACAUCAAAGCUGCAAAGGAUGUUCCAGGACAUAGGUGUUUCCAAAGACUUAAACGAGAUGUUCAAAACACAUCUGAUUAAUUCACACGAACCAUUGGACAUAGAUUUCAAUAUCCAAGUACUUUCAUCUGGUUCUUGGCCAUUUCAGCAGCCAUGUGACUUUACAGUGCCCUCUGAACUGGAACGUAGUUUACAACGUUUUGCAAUGUUCUAUGGCACCCAGCACAAUGGUAGGAAGCUGCAUUGGUUGCAUAACUUGUCAAAGGGAGAACUGGUUACAAACUGCUUCAAAAACAGGUAUACAUUACAGGCAUCAACCUUCCAGAUGGCAGUAUUAUUGCAGUAUAAUUUGAGUGAGGUCUGGACAGUGCAACAGCUUCAGGAAUCAACUCAAAUUAGUCUCGAUGUACUAGUACAGGUCAUCCAAGUUCUCAUGAAAACAAAGCUACUUCAGUCUGAAGAUGAUGAAAGUGAUUUGCAACCUACUUCUGUUAUAGCAUUAUGUUCAAGCUACAAAAAUAAGAAACUCAGGGUGAAUAUCAACAUACCAUUGAAAUCAGAAUUGAGACAUGAUCAAGAGGCAACACAGAAGACUAUCGAAGAAGAUCGCAAAAUAUUAAUACAGGCAGCCAUAGUGAGAAUACUGAAAAUGAGAAAAACACUGAAGCACCAGCAACUUGUUGCUGAAGUAUUAGAGCAGUUGGCAUCAAGAUUUAAGCCCAGAGUUCAUGUUAUCAAAAAAUGUAUUGAUAUACUAAUUGAGAAGGAAUAUUUGGAACGAGCAGAGAACCAAAGAGAUACCUACAGUUACCUUGCUUGAAUACUACAUGGCAGAUGGUGACCAAAUGGUGGUCAAAUGUUUCUGCAGCAUGAGGAUAAUGUUACAUACCAUAUAUAAUCAUGUGCAUUUGAUAUAUGUAAAAUUGUGCAUGAUGUAUGUUUUGUUAAUUUUUUAUUACAUUUAUGUUGUAAUAGAAAAUCAUGAAUGUACAAAAUAAUUUACAUUUUUUUUAUAUGAAAAGUUUUUCAAAGAAGUAAAAUGAGUUAUUGUGCCCAUCUUUUUAUGAAUCUAGUUUUGAGUGGCAGAAUUGUGUGUGUUUGUGUGUGUGUGUGUGUGUGUGUGUGUGUGUGUGUGUGUGUGUGUGUAUGUGUGUGUGAAAGAGUGUGCACGUGCACCUGCAUGUGCAUGAGUGCAAGUAUGUGUGUGCGUGUGCAUGUGCAGAAUCAACUGCAGAACUGAGAGUAGUUGACAUGUUAGAUUGUUGAAUAUGAAUUCAAAUUUGUUAUUGUUUUGGUUAAUUCUUAUUUUUAUUGCAUAAUUCUGUUACAAGAAAAUAUUAACAUGAACUUACAUUGAAAAGUAUGCAGUUUUGAUUUCAAUUAGUUAUUCCCUGAAAUUUAUACGUAUAUUGUAUUUUAAAAAAAGUGAAAAAAAAGGAAAAAGGAAAGUGGAUGUUCAGUGUUUACAUAAGAUAGGUGUCUAUUAUUGGUGUCUCAUUAACUAAUUAACUAUCCUAAUUGUGAUUAACUGUGAGAAUUAUCUGUACAACUAAGAGCAGUUGACAUUCUGCUAGAUUGCUGAAUAUAAAUUCGUAUUUGUUAUUGUUUUUGGUUAAUUGGUAUUGUUAUUUCAUAAUUCUGUUACCAGCAAAGUUUCACAGAAUUUUUAUUGAAAGGUAUGUGCUUUUGAUUUCAAUCAUUUAUGCCUGGAAAUUUAUUAUAUAUUGUAAACUAAAAAAAAGUAGAUGUUCAGUGUUUACAUAUAGUACGUGUCUGUUAUUGGUGUCUCAGUAACUAUUCUAAUUGUGAUUAACUGUGAGAAUCACCUGCAGAACUAAGUGAAGUUGAAAUCUUAGAUUGCUGAAUAUGAAUUCAUAUUAGUUAUUGUUUUUGGUCAACUGGUAUUGUUAUUGCAUAAUUUUGUUACCAGCACAAUUUCACAAGAGUUUCGCUGAAGGGUUUGCGCUUCUGAUUUCAAUCAGUUAUCCCAGGAAAUUUAUCAUACAUUGUAAACUAAAAAGAAAGAAAAGUGGAUGUUCAGUUUUUACACAUGGUAGGUGUCUAUUAUUGGUGUCUCAACGACUGUUGUAAUUAUGAUUAACUAUGAGAAUCACCUGUAGAAUUACGAGUAGUUGACAUGUUAGAUUACUAAAUAUGAAUUCAUAUUUUUUAUUGUUUUGGUUAAUUGAUAUUGUCACUGCAUAAUUCUGUUGCCAGAAAACAUUCACAGAAUUUUCAUUGAAAGGUUGCACUUUGAUUUCAAAUAGUUAUCUCUGGAAAUUUAUACAUACAUUGUAAACCAUAAAAAAAAGCUAAUAUUCAGUAUUUACAUAUUGGUAGGUGUCUAUUAUUGGUGUCUCCGUGACUAUUCUAAUUGUGAUUAACUGUAAGAAUCACCUGUAGAACUAAGUAUAGUUGACAUGUAGAUUGCUGAAUAUACAUUCAUAUUUGUUAUUGUUUUUGAUUAAUUGAUAUUGUUAUUGCAUAAUUCUGUUAGCAGCACACUUUCACAGGAUUUCCACUGAAAUGUAUGCAGUUUUUUUUAUUUCAAUCAGUUAUCCCUGGAAAUUUUUCAUACAUUGUAAACUAAAAAAAAGUGGAUUUCAGUGUUCACAUAUGGUAGGUGUCUAUUAUUGGUGUGUCUCUGACUAUUGUAAUUGUGAUUGAGUGUGAGAAUCACAUGUAAAACUAAGAGUAGUUAACAUGCUUUACUGCUGAAUAUGAAUUCAUAUUAGUUAUUGUUUUUGGUUAUAGGUAUUGUUACUGCAUAAUUCUGUUACCAGAAAACUUUCACAGAAUUUUCAUUUUCACUUUUGAUUUCAACUGGUUAUGCCCGGAAACAUACAUUAGAAACUAAAAACAAGUGGAUGCUCGGCGUUUACAUAUAGUAGGUGUAUGUCAUUUGUGUCUCAUUGACUAAUCUAUCUGCAAUUAACUGUGAAAAUCACAUGCAGAACUAAGAGUAGUUGACAUGUUAUACUGCCGAAUAUGUACUCAUAUUUGUUGUUUUUUUUGGUUAACUGGCAUUGUCAUUACGUAAUUUUGUUACCAGGAAACAUUCACAGAAUUUUCAUUGAUAGGUAUGCGCUUUUGAUUUCAAAUAGUUGUGGCUGGAAAAUUUGUGCAUACAAUGUAAACUAAAAAAAUACAAAGUAGAUGUUCAGUGUUUACAUAUGGUAGGUGUCUAUUAUUGGUGUCUCAUUGAGUAGUCUAAUUGUGAUUAACUGUGAGAAUAACCUGUAGAAUAAGAGUAGUUGACAUGUUAGAUUGCUGAAUAUGAAUUUAUAUUUGUUAUUGUUUUUGGUCAAUUGGUAUUUUUAUUGCGUAGUUCCAUUACCAGAAAACAUUAACAGCAUUUCCAUUGAAAAGUAUGCACUUUUAACUUCAGUUGGUUAUUCCUGGGAAUUUAUACAUACAUUAACAGAAUUUCCAUUGAAAAGUAUACACAUUUAAUUUCAAUUUGUUAUACCUGGGACUUUAUACAUACAUUGGAAACUUUAAAAAAUGUGAAUGUUCAAUGUAUACAUAUGGCAGGCAUCUAUUAUUGGGUUAUCAUUGACUAUUCUAUUGUAAUUGUGGUUAAGUGUGAGAAUCUACUUCUGCAGAAUAGGAGUAUUUGACAUAUGAGAUUGCUGAAUAUGAAUUAAUACUUAUGAUUGUUUUUGGUUAAUUGGUAUUGUAGUUCUCUUACCAGCAAAUAAUCACAAAAUUUUCAUUGAAAUACAUGCACAUUUGAUUUCUAUCAGUUAUACAUGGAAAUUUAUACAUACAUUGUAAAGUAAAAAGAAAAAGUGGAUGUUAAAUGUAUACAUAUGUUUGGUAUGCAUUAUUAGUGUCUCAUUGACUAUUCAAAUUGUCGUAAUUGUCAAUGUAUUACUGGUAGAAAAUUUGGUACUUUAAUCAGAGUGAAGAUAGUGAUCACCCACAUAAAUCUGUGUGUGUGUGUGUGUGUGAGAGAGAGAGAGAGAGAGAGAGAGAGAGAGAGAGAGAGAGAGAGAGAG